AACAUUUCCAAUGUCAAAUGUAAAACACCGCCUCGCCUCCCCCACAAAACAAAAAUGAAAAACCCGUUUCGCGCCUAAAGAAACGCGCACCUCAUUUUGUUUUCAAAAAUGUCUUCUUCAUCUCCCCCUAAUGCCCAAAUGUCUCGCUGUUUAAAACUUCGCACCCUCCUCAAAAGAUCCCUCAACUUCCUCCCUCCUCUUUCUCUCUCCUCCUCCUCCUCUCCCGCCGCCGCCGCAACAACAACAACCUCUCUUACUUCCUCCGCAGCUAAUUCUCUCUCCACCGUAGCCGCCCCUACAAUGGAAGACUUCAAGCAGGCUCUCCGUACGCGCCUCUGUAUCAUCGGGAGUGGGCCGGCGGCCCACACCGCGGCUAUCUACGCAUCACGGGCUGAGCUCAAGCCCAUUCUCUUUGAAGGAUGGAUGGCCAACGGAAUCGCGCCAGGUGGACAGCUAACAACAACCACCGACGUCGAGAAUUUCCCCGGAUUUCCUGAAGGAAUUUUCGGCCUAGACAUCACCGACAAGUUUCGCCAGCAAUCCUUGCGUUUCGGUACCGAAAUCUUGACUGAAACGGUUACCUCGGUCGACUUCUCAACGACGCCGUUUAAGAUCUUAUCCGCCGAGUCGAAAACUGUACUCGCUGACUCAGUCAUUAUAGCCACGGGUGCGGUGGCGAAGAAGCUGGAAUUUCCGGGGUCAGGAGAAGAAGGAGGGUUCUGGAACAAAGGAAUAUCGGCUUGCGCUGUGUGCGACGGCGCGGCGCCGAUUUUCAGGAACAAGCCGUUGGCGGUGAUUGGAGGCGGUGAUUCGGCGAUGGAAGAGGCCAAUUUCUUGACCAAGUAUGGUUCGAAGGUGUAUAUAAUUCAUAGGAGAGGGGAAUUUAGGGCUUCCAAGAUUAUGCAAAAGAGGGCAAUAGAAAACCCUAAGAUUGAGGUUUUGUGGAAUUCGACGGUGACGGAGGCAUAUGGGGAUGCUGAGAAAGAAAAUAGGGUUUUGGGAGGGCUGAAGGUCAAGGAUGUGGUCAGUGGGGAGGUUAAGGACUUGCAAGUUUCUGGGUUGUUUUUUGCUAUCGGGCAUGAACCAGCUACUAAGUUUUUGGGUGGGCAGCUGGAGUUGGAUGCUGAUGGCUAUGUGGUGACUACACCGGGGACGACGAAGACCAGUGUUAAAGGUGUUUUUGCUGCUGGUGAUGUUCAGGAUAAGAAGUAUAGGCAGGCUGUCACUGCUGCUGGGACUGGUUGCAUGGCUGCCUUGGAUGCGGAACAUUACUUGCAAGAAAUUGGUUCUCAAGAAGGUAAGAGUGAUUGACUACGGAAGAACACAAAGAGCUUUCCGAGAGAAAUGGUUUCUAAGAUUUAAUUCUAGCCCCUGAUGUGGAGCUCCUAUUCAUGAUAUGUAAGUUCCGUUUGAUAGUCUUCUAUUUGAUUGGCCGUGUAGGCCCGUGUUCUUUAAGUCAAGAAUUCAGUUCUUAAUGCAAUUCAAGCGUUUAUUUUCAGAA